CGCUAAAAGCUUAUAAAAAUAAAACUUAGACAAGAUGGCUGCUAUAGUAAAUGGGCAUGGUUGCAUCUGUUGGAAACAUCGCUAGUCUUCAUUUAUUACUGAAAAGUUUUAAUUCAAUUGUUUAAAAACAGCCUAAUGUUUUUAUUCAAGGAAUACGCCUAAAAUUUAAAAAAAAAUUAAUAAAUUAUGGCUCAGGCUGACGGGUUCGCAUUUGAAUGUCAGAGUGAAGAUAUCACUGUUAAAGUUGUCUUACCUAAUGGAACUAUCAUAGAAACAAAUCUUUCGAUUCCUCCAUCUGAAGGUAAUACACCUCGGGAGAAAAGAAUAGCAGCAGGCCCAGUACUUGUUAGAGAUGUAAAGCAUAUGAUCCUAAAACAGAAUGGCUAUUCUAAAGCGACAUUUGACAAGUAUGAGAUGAUCAUUGAUCGCAGCAGAGAAGGAGAAUUGAAGAUGAUUGAUGGUGAUCACAUGUGCCACUAUGCUAAAUAUCUGACUGAUUGUGACCAUGUUAAAUUCAGAGUUGUGUCAUCUGAAGUGAAUCAGCCACAAGAAGGUAUUCCAACAGAUAUGAACUAUCAGCUGAUUCAACCUCAGGAAUGAAUAGAGCAGUUAACUUUUAGUCUAGACAAUUUGAAAAAAGUUCUAACAAUAACAUAUUCUACUAAGCCAAAAUUGUUCUUAAUGUUAUAUAUUUUAUAUUCUUUUUUUAAACACAUAUUAUUUUGAGACUAAUAUUUACAUAAAAUUCUUCUUUUAAAAGCAUUCUAUUGAGCCAAAAAAUUCCAAAUUUUUUUCUUACAGUAACUUAUUUUACCAACUAAUAACUUUAGGGCAUUAAAACAUUUUUACUUCCAAUAUGGUUGAGUGAAAUCAGAGCACAUAAAACUAAAGCAAUAACAAAUUUAUUGGAAAAUACUUUCAGUUUAUUAUGUUUAAUUCUAUAUAGCCUAGAUAUAUUUCAAAAUUAUAAAUUAAAAUAAUUUAAAACCCAGAAAUGUCUACCCACAUUUGAUAUUUUAAUACUAAGUUUGAAAUUGAAAUGCUUAAAACAUUCAAAUGUCACUGAAACCAAUUCCUUUUUUUGAUAUUACCAUUUUUACGUUUUAAUCAAAUCUAAAUACAUUAUAAGGACCAUUUUAAUUUGUUUUAACUAUUUACAUUGCCCAUAAUUUCUAACCAAGAUUCAAAAAAAUGUGUAACAAUCAGAGCUUCCCUUUAGUUCUCUACAACUUGUUUACAGUAGACUACUGGUACUGUGUGGAAAUAAAAGCGUGAUAGAUAAUUCAGGUGCAUCAAAGCUCAUUGGGCUGCCUUCACAGUAAACUGAAGAGUUCAGGUGAAACAGAUUUAUAGAAUUAUCCUGACAGUAAUUUAACCUCAAAAAGAUAUACAUUUUUUUAAGCUGGAAAUAUUUUAAAAUCUUUUUUUUCUAAGCUGAAAAAAAUGUAUAUCCAUGUUGUUUGUUGUUUAUAAUCUCAAAGCCUUCUUUAAAUGUACUCGCUGAAAGACAAUGUAACAAUAAUUCAUAACAAUUGAUUGAGUAUGUAUACAAUUAUUUUUAUCUCGGUAUUUAAAACCAAAAUGUGUAAAAAAAAAAAACAAUGUGCUGUUAUGUUACAACUUAUCUCAAGUGAUUACCAUGUGGUUGUUUAAGAUUCACCUUGCUAGUAUUUAAUGAUUUUUAUUAAACUCUAGUAUCCAAAUACUAGUAUUAAAAUUACAUUUAAAUUUAAUGCCUUGUCAUUCAGCACAACCAUUUAAAAAAAUGUCUUCUCAAGAUUUUUUUCACCUUAUGAAAGACUUUUCUGUUAGAUUAAAUCUACCUGAAGAGCAGAAGUAAAAAAACUUAGAUAUAAAUAUCUAGUCUUAUUGGCAUAUUUUGUUUUUUUAGAUUUAAUUUCGUCAAGGUCAUAACACAUUCGCCCAAGUCAUGUUUUCAUGUGUUGAGAAAACCUGAAAAAACUGAACAAAUUUAGUAUUACUUCCACUAUGUCACUUUGGUACAAUUAAAGAAAACACCAGUUUUCUGAUUGGCUCAUGACUUAGGCGAUUUGCCAUAUAAUAUAAUAAUGUGUAAACAUUGAAUUUUUCAACUAUUAACUCAAAACCCCCAAAAAAUGUCUUAGGCGAAUGUGUUAUGACCGUGACGAUUUGUCAUUUGCCAUGUUUUCCUUACAAUAUUAAAAGAUUUGCCUAUUUGUUAUGUUAUAUUGGCAUCUAUUGUAUUUAAAUGUACUGAUUGCUUAUUUUUUAAACGGUUGCUUUUAGAUACCAUUUUUUUACACUCUGGUUUAGACAGUUUUCAUUAUUGUUAUUUAAGUAUUUGUUAGACAGGGUUAGUAUGUUAAUAAAAAUAUAGUUCUUGUAAAGGUAACUUGAUUUUAUCAAUUUUAAGUAAAAUUUUAUAAAUUACUGAGAUCUUUAAAAUAGACUACCUCGUUAGCUGCUUAAAAUUUUAUUUUUGCAAUAAUUUUGUUUCUAGUUCAUUGAGCCUCAUUCAAAAAAUAAUUACACUUUAUUUUGUAUUAAUCUAUAACAUUUUUAAAUUCAUUUUUGUUAUAUUUGUAUUCUAUUCAUUUUUUUAAAGUCCAAACCAAAGUUUGGGAUGGACACUGAGUUAGUUAAAGCAUAGUUGUAAAUUAAUAAUUUUUUUUUUAACAGAGCAGAUCUAGAUUAAAUGUAUGGAAAUUCCUGCUUUAUAUUAUCAUGUUAAAAUGCAUUUGCAAUUGUAAUAUUAGACAUCAGUCAUUAGUCUGUUUUUUUUUAUAUCCUGACAAAAAAGUCAUACAUUUUUCUUCCUUUUUUUUCUAUGGCAGCUAAAGAUACUUGAAAACUUAUAAAACAAAUAUAAGUAGAGGUGUUUGAAGCUAGUAUUAUUACUGAAAUAGCAAUAUUGGACAAAAAAGGUUGAUAGAAUAAAAAAAACACUGUAUAACAGAAGGAAUUCAAGCCCACCAACUGUAUGUCUACCUUUGGCAUGGAAAUAACCCUUUGUGUACAAUAUUGCUAGCAAAUACAGAUAACUUGUAAAAGUAGCCUUCACAAUUAUCUGGAUCCAUAUUAUUUCACAUUCCCUUUACUUUGGGAGAAGGGAUGGGGUCAAUUAAACUAUUUUAAAACAAUUUUUGGAGGUUUUAAUUAUACUGCUGUGAUAUUGUGUUAAAUUCACACUUUUUAACAUCUCUGUCAUUACCAAUAGGCCUUACAUGUAAGGGAUUGUUCAUUUAAAUUACAACCAUUUCCUAAAGUCAUGUCAUGUCAUUUAACAUUACACAUUUUGAUUUACAUUGACUAGUUUUAAAGAAGUUUUAGUUUGUUUACAAAUUUUAAAGUCAAAAUUCAGUGUAACACUAUUCAUUUGUAUUAGAUUUCAUCAUUAAUUUUUUUCAUUGAGACAAGAACAAUAAUUAAGUGAUUUAUUAAAACUUAACUUUUAAGCUUCUAAUUCUAAUCUAAAGUAUUAUCAUUUUUUCAUUUGUAGUCUCAUACUCCAGAUAGACCUUUGUCCAUGUUAGUUACAAAGAGCAUAAUAGUUAAAAACAUUAUGAAAAUGAAAAUUGGGCUUGUAUUUUAAAUAUUUAAUUUUUAUAAAUAGGGCCUAUAUAAAAUUAUUUAAGAUUUAUGGGACUUUACCAUUAUUAUAAGAAUCAAACCUACCAGGUGAAUGUUAUUUUAUUGCAUCAUAUUUUUAUUCAUUAUUUUAUGUGUAUCAUUGCAAGGGAAAUUGCUAAAAGUUUAAAAUGUUCUAUUUUUAUACCAUGCCCAUUUAUCUGAUGUAAAAUAAAAAGUAAAUGAAAAUAGCUUCAUGACAAGUAAUACUUUGAAUACUGAGUGUAUACUAUGAAAAUCUGUUUUUUUAGAUAACACUCUAAUGUAUUACUAACUUUCUUCUUCCCAUGACAUUCAAAAAAUUAUUUUUAGUUCUGUUUAUUUUUAAUGUUGCUGUCAUUCCCUUUUUAAAAAGAAAUCAUUAUUUUUGUGUGUAUAUGUUGUGAAUGGUAUUUUAGUGUACUGAAUGGGUAUGUGUGUAGUGGAAUGUGUUAUAUUUGUAAAAGGUUUUGAAUGUGACGAGGCACAUAAGGAUGUGACAUGGGAGAGUAUGUUUUUGUUGUUAGGGAAAAGAGUUGAAAUCAGUCUCCAUCAUGUCGGGUUAGGGUGUGGUCUUCGUUUGAAAUGUCAAAGUGGUCGACUAUGUCUGUUGAGUAUCUAGACAGCACAAUAAAAGAUUAAAUGAAUCAACGCUGUCCUGCUUUAAUAGGUAUUGGAUCGUCGUAUAUUGUCCUUCAAGUUGUCCUUUGACCCUGUCCACAUCGUAACAGCAUAUACUUACUCAUCUACAGUAACAUCAUAAAAGCUAUGCAAAUCUGAGUUCAAAAUAAUUUUUUAAUCUAAUUCAUGAGUGUAUAUAAAGUUAUUUACAAGUGAUUUUGAAUGUACCUGUACUUCUACAUUUUCUGAUAGUUCUGUACAUUACCAUUAAGUUUUUUUUUUCUUCUGGGUAUCGCCUUUUGGUAGGGUCAGGCCUACAAUAUCAGUAAAAAUUACUUUGAUAAGAUACAGCCCUAUCAGAAAAAAAUAUAAGUACCAAUAGAGUUAACUGUUAAGGGUGCAUGAAUUUGUUAUAUUACACUUUAAUAAUUUGGAUUGAAUAAACUAAUGUAAAUAUUC